AUGACUAUCGACAACCAAUCUGUUGUAUUUAAGAAGAACACUGUCUUUGUUCUAUUCGGUGCCUCUGGUGAUUUAGCCAAGAAAGAAACAUUCCCUGCUUUGUUCGGUUUGUACUCCGAAGGUGCUUUAGAUCCAUCCACUAAGAUUUUCUGUUACGCUCGUUCCAAAUUAACUGUAGAGAACUUGAGAGAAAAUUGUACUCCAUACUGUAGACCUUCUACUACUGGUAACGACAAGUUUAAGAUGGAUCAAUUUUUCAAGAUGGUCACUUAUAUCUCAGGUGCCUAUGAUGUUGAUGAUGGUUACCUAAGAUUGAAGGGCGAAAUUGAAGCCUUUGAAAAGGAAAGAGGUGUCACCGAACCACAUCGUGUCUUCUAUUUAGCUAUUCCACCAACCAUUUUCCUAACUGUUGCUGGUCAAUUGAAGAAGAAUGUAUAUGCUACUAAUGGUAUCACCAGAGUUAUUGUUGAAAAACCUUUUGGUGAUGACUUGGAAACCUCCAGAGAAUUACAAAGAGGUUUCAAACCUUUAUUUAGAGAAGAAGAAAUCUUUAAGAUCGACCAUUUCUUAGGUAAGGAUGACUUGAAACGUCUGUUAGCAGUUAGAUUUGCUAACCCAUUCUUAAAUGGUACUUGGAACAAGGAUUAUAUUGAAUGUGUCCAAGUUUGGUUCAAGGAACCAUUUGGUGCAGAAGGUCGUGGUGGUUACUUCGAUGUUGUUGGUAUCAUUAGAGAUGUUAUGCAAAAUCAUUUACUUCAAAUUCUUACUGUUGCCACCAUGGAAGAACCUGUCGCUAACGAAGCAGAAGCAAUUCGUGAUGCUAAAGUCGCAUUACUAAAAUGUAUGGAAAAAUUGGGUCCAAAAAACGUUGUUUCUGUUGGUCAAUAUGGUCGUUCUCUGGAUGGCAAACUUCCAUCCUACCUAGAUGAUGAUACUGUCUUAAAUAAGGAAUCAAAAUGUCUUACCUUCACUGAAAUUACUAUGGAUAUCCACAACGAACGUUGGGAAGGUGUUCCAAUUGUCAUGAGAGCUGGGAAGGGUCUAGAUGAAGACAGAGUGGAAAUUAGAAUGAAAUACAAGAAGAAUGUCUCUGGUAUGUUUGCUGGUUCCACACCAAACGAAUUUGUUAUUCAAUUCCACCCAGAACGUAAGAUCUACAUGACCUUCAACACUACUGCUCCAGGGUUUGUCGACAACGUCCACCAAGUUUCUCUAGAUAUGACUUACUCCAAGAAGUAUAUUAAUGACUGGGUUCCAGAAGCUUACGAAAGAUUAAUCAGAGAUGCUUUCUUAGGUAAUGCUGCUAAUUAUGUAAGAGAUGAUGAACUGGAUGUCAGUUGGGAUAUCUUCACACCUCUAUUAAACUACGUCGAAGGUCCAGACGCUCCAGAACCAGAAAUUUACGCCUAUGGUUCUACUGGUCCAAAGGGUAUUCUAGAAUAG